AGCGAGGGCCGGCAAACUUUCAGUGCAGGCUGUCGAAUUUUUGGGAGUGUUCUGACUGAAGAGGAGAUAUGAACUUGCCGGGGGUCCAAGUCCUGCUGGCUGGGAUUCUCUGUGGACUGGCUGGUCUGACCGCCUGCUCGGAAGACGAGACCCGCCUGGUGAAGCACCUGUUCACGGGCUACAACAAGGUGGUCCGCCCCGUCAACCACUUCAGCGAGGCCGUGGUGGUCACGGUGGGACUGCAGUUGAUCCAGCUCAUCAGCGUGGAUGAAGUCAACCAGAUUGUGACCAGUAAUGUCCGCCUCAAACAGCAAUGGACUGACGUGAACCUGCACUGGAAUCCUGACGACUACGGCGGCAUCAGGAAGAUUCGUAUCCCGUCCACAGACAUCUGGAAGCCUGACUUGGUGCUUUACAACAACGCUGACGGCGACUUUGCCAUCAUCCAUGAAACUAAAGUCCUGCUGGAGCACACUGGAAAGAUCACGUGGAACCCUCCCGCCAUCUUUAAGAGUUACUGCGAGAUCAUCGUCCUGCAUUUCCCCUUUGACCUGCAGAACUGCAGCAUGAAGCUGGGGACGUGGACCUACGACGGCCGGCUGGUCGUCAUCAACCCAGACAACGACCGCCCAGACUUGAGUAACUUCAUGGAGUCGGGGGAGUGGGUGCUGAAGGACUACAGGAGCUGGAAACAUUGGGUCUACUACACCUGCUGCCCAGAAACACCCUACCUGGACAUCACCUACCACUUCCUGAUGCUGCGCCUGCCGCUCUACUUCAUCGUCAACGUCAUCAUCCCCUGCAUGCUCUUCUCCUUCCUCACCGGGCUGGUCUUUUACCUGCCGACAGACUCGGGUGAAAAGAUGACUCUGUCCAUCUCCGUCCUGCUCUCGCUGACCGUCUUCCUGCUGGUCAUCGUGGAGCUCAUCCCGUCCACGUCCAGUGCCGUGCCGCUCAUCGGGAAGUACAUGCUCUUCACCAUGGUGUUCGUCAUCGCCUCCAUCAUCAUCACCGUCAUCGUCAUCAACACGCACCACCGCUCGCCCAGCACGCACACCAUGCCCGCCUGGAUACGCAAGGUGUUCAUCGAGACCAUCCCCAACAUGAUGUUCUUCUCCACCAUGAAGUGUCCCAGCCAGGAGGUCCGCCAGAAGAGAUUGUUCCCCACGGACAUGGACAUCUCCGACAUCUCGGGUAACCCCGCCCCCACCAACGUCCCCUACCAGUCCCCCAUCGUCAAGAACCCCGACGUCCGCAGCGCCAUCGAAGGCAUCAAGUACAUCGCUGAGACCAUGAAGUCGGACGAGGAGUCCAACAACGCGGCAGAGGAGUGGAAGUUUGUCGCCAUGGUUUUGGACCACAUCCUGCUUUGCGUCUUCAUGGCCGUGUGCCUCAUCGGGACGCUGGCCGUCUUCGCGGGCAGACUGAUGGAGCUCAACACGCUGUGAGGGCCACACCACUCCUACUUAAAACUUUCUCUGGGACGCGAUCGGCUCUAGCCAUGGUGAUGAUUGUUUUGUUUUAAUCUCAUGUCAAAAACAAUCAAGCGCUUUGUCUCCAUGGCGACGGUUUGUCCUUCCUCACUCAUCAGUGUUGACUAUUUUAUACAACCACUUUGUUUAAUUACUUUUUUUUUUAUGGCGUCUGAGCAAACGGUCUUCCUGUCUGGGAGGUUUUAUUGUUUGGUUUUGCUCCACGCUCGCCUCCUGUCUCAGUCGGUGUUCCAACAAUUUGUUUUCCGAGUCGUUUUGACGCUUCCCACUUCGAUUUUUGGAGAAAUGAUGGCGAGAAAAAACAAAAGCUCUUUGUUGUCCAUAGACCAACUUCAUGCAGCUUUCAUUUGAAGGACAUAAAAAAGAUCUACAGUGUUAUUACUCCAUUAUUGCAGGAGUUACCUGGUGA